AUGGCCGUCACUUCCGAUGAUUUUGAUGAAUGUACCUUUGAGGAAGAGGAGGUGGAUAUGGAUGAUGGUGAUAUUUCUUUAGAUUCAGAGGAAAAUGAAUACGAUAUUGGUGAUGAUGUUGAUGAUGAACACAAUGAGGAAGAAGAAACGCAGGACAACAUAGUUGGAGGCCAAGUUGAGGUGGAGGUGGAGGUAGAAGAAGAAGAUGGAGAUGAGGAAAAUGAUGAGGAAGAGGAGUUUAGAGAGGGGUCAAUGCCUAGUUAUGUGAGAAGGUUUUUUGAAGAGAAACUUACAGAUUCGGAAAAGGACUUGAACGAGAACACUAAGGAGUGGUUGAAGGGAGAAAUGGAGGAUAAGGACAAAUGGGCUCUUGCUUACGAUGAAGGAGGUAGGCGGUAA